UCUUCCAUUGUGCAAAAUCACCCAUGCAGUAUUUGCGAUAAGGCUUAUAGCUGUAUAUCGCGUGCGGUGACCUCAAAAUUUUUUAUUAUCGCUGCCGCUGCGGACUGUACUGACUGGGUGUGGCUGAACUUUGUCCGUUCGGGCACGUCCGAUUUUGAGGCAUAUCUGCGGUAUUUACCAGCAUGGACAUCAUUAAAAAUAUUCAGGAGGUGGGCAAGCUGUAUUUGAAUGAUGUGCGAGUGCUCGUCAACCAGCUCUGCGAGGGGCACGAGGCCUGGGAGCUCAUCUUGGCCACCCUGCUGACCGUACUCGCUGCGGGUUGGAUACGGCAGGAACUUUUCUUGCACGAGCUGGGCUUGUUUACAAGGGCCAAGCUGUUUAUCUUUCGAACGGUUCGCAGUCUUCCUGUUAUAGGUCAAAAGAUACAAGAAGAACUGGACAAGACGAAAGCCAACUUCACUAAGGACCUGUUCCCCUUAACACCGGGAGAUGCCUACACGACAUGCUUGCCGGACAAGGGAAUGUCAAGGGAUGCUGUGCUGGCUCUUGCGCAGAGCAAAUACAAAAGCAUGGAAAAAAUUGACUGGCAGGGCGGUCGUCUGUCGGGCGCAGUGUACAACUGUGGAGAGGAGCAUGACAAGUUUAUGGCCAAGAUAUUCAAUUUGUUUGUCGGCGACAACCUCCUCCACCCAGGCGUGUUUCGGGGCCCCCGCAAGAUGGAGGUGGAAGUGAUCGCCAUGUGCUGUGAGUUCUUCCACGGUGGACCGGACGCCUGCGGGACCAUGACAUCGGGUGGAACGGAGAGCAUCCUGAUGGCUUGCAAGGCCUACCGCGAGCGAGCUUACGAGCGAGGUAUCAAGACGCCAGAAAUGUAUGCCCACGCGGCCUUCACCAAGGCCGCCAAAUACUUCAAGAUGCGCUUCGUAGGCGUGCCGCUGGAUCCCCAGACUCUGCAAGUGGAUCUCAGGGAGAUGAAGAAGAGGAUCAACAAGCGCACCUGCAUGCUGGUUGCCUCCGCCCCAGGAUUCCCCCACGGAGUCAUCGAUCAGGUGGAGGAAAUUGGACAGCUUGGGAAGAGAUAUGACAUCCCAGUCCACGUGGACGCCUGCAUGGGAGGGUUUGUCCUCCCCUUCGCCAAGGAAGCUGGUCUGAACGUACCCUCCAUGGACUUUGCAGUUGAAGGCGUUACCAGCAUCUCGGCUGAUGUUCACAAAUAUGGUCAGGCGCCCAAGGGGUCCUCUGUGAUCCUGUACAGGAAUGCCGGGUACCGCUCAAGACAGUUCUACAUCAACACAGACUGGUGCGGGGGCAUCUAUGCCUCGGGAGCCAUUCAAGGCACGCGUUCGGGUGCGAUCAUUGCAACUUGCUGGGCGACCAUGUUGGCUCUUGGGAGAGAAGGCUACAUGGAAAGUGCCGUCAAGGUCAUCCAAACCAGAGAGUACAUUGAGAAACACAUCCGCGACAUCCCAGGCCUGUUCAUCUGUGGCAAACCGAGCGCCAGCAUCCUGGCCAUGGGAUCCAAGUCGUUCGACAUCAACCGCUUGGGGUCUUCGAUGGCUAAACGUGGAUGGCAUCUGUUCACUGUUCAGUACCCGGCAGGGGUGAACUUUGUCGUGACCAAGAUGCACACGGUACCGGGCGUGGCGGACACCUUUUUAAGUGACCUCAAGGAGUGUACCGCAGAACUGAUGAAGGACCCGCUGACCAAGGCGGAAGGCAUUGCUGCCAUGUACGGGAUGGCGGAGAGCAUACCUGACAGGUCCAUGGUGGAAGAGUUUGUGCACGGUUACCUGGAGGCAUACUACAGCACCAAUAAGGCCUAAAGGACGAAGCGUCUCAUCACGAGGCAACAUAUGCAACCAUCUGUGUACCUGUUUGAGAGAGGGUGCUGUGUAGCCUAGUAUUUCUGUUCAUCUACUUACAUUAAAUACAUUUGACGAAUCGUGUGUGAUUACAAGAGCAAGGAUAGAUUCAAGGGGUGGGAUCAGGUGCAGUCAGAAUUCUACCCCCUUAUUAAGGGCGGAGCAAAGUAUUCAUUAAACUUGGCUGUUGGAAUUCUGCCCCCUUCUUGAGAGGGCAGAUCAAAGAAUGCACUAAAUUUCGCCAUCAGAAUUCUGCCCUCUUACUGAGGGCCGAUCAAAGUAUUCAUUGAACUUGGUUGUCGGAAUUCUGCCCUCUAAUUGGGAGGGCGGAUCAAAGUAUUCAUUAAACUUCGCUGUCGAAAUUCUGCCCCCUUAUUGGGACAAUGGAUCAAUGUAUGCACUAAACCUCGCCGCCAGAAUUAUGCCCCUUCACUGAUAUUGAGGGCGAUGAAGGUAUACACCACACUUAGCUAACUGAAUUCUGCCUCUUUAUGGAGGGGGCGGAUCAAGGUAUGCACUAAACUUCGCUGUCAGAACGCUUCUUCGACAAAAUGAACUUUUUAGGGAUUACUCCAGAAAGUCUUUCAGGCAAUUACAAUAUCGACAACGUUUUGUCCCUUUCAUACACAUUGAAUGCCUACGUGAGUUUUUACACGUUAUUGGACACAAACAUAUCAAGAAAUUUGGGCAGAUUGUUUACAUAUAGCUCUAUAAUAAUAUAAAGCAAUAAUGUUUAUAUUUUAUUAGCAUUUGAGCCCGCUGUAUAACCGCCUAUGGACACCUCGUAAAGUCCACAGACAAAGUAAUUAUUUUUUGUUUAAAUAGGCCUACGUUUUGGAUAUUUCUUUUUCAGUCCUGGCGUGCAUCAUCAGAGGCCUAAUCUUUAAGUCUGCAGCCAAUUUAAGCAAAUCCGUUAGUUCAACAUGACCCACAUUUCGUAGACGAUACUCUCUGUUGGGUGAUGCUGUAGGCCUACAUAACUUGGGAACCAGAUGGGUGACAGCGCGAUUGACCUUGGGUUAAGCGAAAGGGUUUUUUCAGUUGGUACUCGAAUCAGUCGACCUUUCAAAUUCUGAAAUGGAAAAAAUAGUUUUUUAUUUUUAAAAAUCUGGGAUCCGCCGAAAAACAAUUUACUGAUAUAAAAAAUACUCUUCUUUGUCAUCGAAUAUUUUCUUUAAAAAUCUGUGCACCAACUGAUAAAAAAGGCCUCCAUUAGGUUGCCUUCCAUUUGUUUGUUGGGGUAUUUGUUUGUUUUGUUUUUCAAUUCAUUUCAUUCAGUUAAUUUGUACUUUUUAUGAGAGGAGACUACACUUCCAAUUCGAUGGGAGCUUCCUUUAAAAUAACCCUUAAAAGUCACUAUUAUUUUCACGAAUUUUUCAAGUUGAGUUUCCCCAGCAAGAUACAUAAAAAUAUUUCGCCUUCAGGUCGGACCAGUACUAGGUACACGUACUUGAACUACAUACAUCUACAUUGUACAUGUACUGUGCAUUAUGCAGUAAGUAUGGUGGCCCUGAAGGGACAUAAAUUCACUUUAGUCAUCAUCAGGGUAUGAUAACUCUUUCACAGCCCUAUUUGGUUAAAUUCAUUGACAAUUAAGUUCAGUUUUUGGUUGAACACUUAAAAUUACAUCCAUUCUUUCCUGGACAACUGAGGACACUGUUGUUGUGAUGUCAUCCAGGGAAAGGCAUAGUUCAGUUUAUAGGUUUUUCCGUUCACAUCGGAACCAACAAUUAACUAACUGAAAAGAUUGAAGCAUCAAUUCCUUUAUGAAAAAGGGAUUGAUGCUUGCUUAUUGCUAUGCAUCAGCAGAAAAGAGAAAUUUAGUCCAGCACAAUCUGCAAAAAAAUAAAUAAAAUGCUGGACGUUUUUUGUGUACGAACCAAUGUAACACAGGGGCUUACUUCCUGGGAUGGCGUCACAGUUCUGCUCAUGAAUAUGGAAGCCCUCAUUAGCAUAAAACCAAAAGGGAAGUAAAUAUACCAUUUGAAGUAGUGAUACAAAAGUUGAAAAUAAAGUUAACGGCGACGGGUACAUUUUGAAAGUUUGAUUGAAGCUACCCUUGAAUGUCUGGCCUCUCGAGUGGUAUAUCAGGGAUUUUGUUUUUGAGGGGCAGGCAUGGGGUAGUUACGAUUUUUCUGUAAAAACUUCAAAUCUUUUCUCAACAGUCCAUGCGAUCGGUUCUGUAACAAUAAACCGAUCGCGCCCGCUAAAUCACGCGACCUGCAGUGAGUAUCACUCCCAUACCAAAGUGUGUAUCAUUUUUGAGUGAUGUUAAUAAGCUAUAAAGCCGAUUUCUGGUGUAGUACCCAGCACUCGUCAGAAGUCUGAGUUCGGUAUACUAUCGUCGGCUUUAUUUUUGGUCAAUGAUACUUAUGAACACUGCUUUUUGGUGGACGCCCCGUUUGUUGAUAUACCUACUUUUUAGGUCGUGCGACUUAGCGGGCGCAAUCAGUUUAUUGGCGAGAGGGAUACGUAUCAGCUGUAAUUGUCUUUGAAGUUUACGACACUGAAAUUUUAUACACAGUAGGCCUAUUAAUCAAAUUAUAUGCAAAAAGCGGUAAGACUGAUGGAUGAGCUUUCUUUGUAAUCCUUGCGAGUUUUGAGGGCAGCAGAAUGCACGAAAAGUUAUAUAAAUCCGAUGGAAAAAUUUCAACUUAACUUUAGUUGAAAUCAUUUUGAAGGAUUCUAAAUAUAUUCUAAUAGUGAAAGCAAA